GAAAAAUAAAUAAAUAAAUAAAUAAAACCAAAAAGCUAAAAAGCCCAUGGUUCUAUUGACUUUGAUCGCCCAAGGGCACCUGAGGGAAGAAAACGCAAGCUCUCUCUCUCUCCAGCCAUGAGUCUCUUUGGUCUGGGCAGAAAUCAAAGGACAUUCCGCCCCAAAAAGAGUGCACCAUCAGGAAGUAAGGGUGCACAACUUAGAAAGCACAUUGAUGCCACCCUAGGUAGCGGAAACCUGAGGGAAGCUGUAAGACUUCCUCCUGGGGAGGAUUUGAACGAGUGGCUUGCUGUAAACACUGUGGAUUUCUUCAACCAGGUGAAUCUUCUCUAUGGGACCCUCACAGAGUUUUGUACUCCGGAGAACUGUUCUACAAUGUCUGCAGGCCCCAAGUAUGAGUAUAGAUGGGCAGAUGGCGUACAAAUCAAGAAACCUAUUGAAGUUUCUGCUCCAAAAUAUGUUGAAUAUUUAAUGGACUGGAUUGAAGCUCAGCUUGAUGAUGAAUCGAUAUUUCCUCAAAAGCUUGGUGCACCGUUUCCGCCCAACUUCAAGGAGGUUGUCAAGACGAUAUUCAAACGACUUUUCCGUGUAUAUGCUCACAUUUAUCACUCUCACUUUCAGAAAAUUGUGAGCCUCAAAGAGGAAGCCCAUCUGAACACAUGCUUCAAGCAUUUCAUAUUGUUUACCUAUGAAUUUGGGUUAAUUGACAAGAAGGAGCUUGCACCUCUCCAGGAGCUUAUAGAAUCCAUAAUCGUUCCUUACUGAAUAGGGGUAUGUGUAAUUGUGUAUCCCAAGAAAUAUUUUAUAUUAGAGAUACAUAUUAAAACUGAGUAAAUAAUAUUAGAGAUAAAUGUGAGCUGAAUAAGUACUCUUGUGAGUCUGUGAUUAGCAAUUUGACUUUGCAGUCUCCUGUACUGUUACUGAAAAAAAUUGUGUUAUAUGGUUGCCUUUCA